GAUGGCGUCGGAACAGUGCGAGUAUUUGCGACCAAAAACGAGGGAUUGAACGUCGAUAUCUAUUUGUCAAAAGUUGAUUAUAUCGGAAAUAUCGCGGUAAAUUUUGAGUGAUAAACAAUUUAAAGUUACAAAGUGUUUACACUUUUUGUAGUUUUUCUCGGUAUCACUUCAUGGUAUUAACUUCAACGUAUAUGAAAUGUGUGGCAUCCAUUUUGAAGUGAAUUGUGCGUUUUAAGAUUGCCUAGACAAGCGUAGUGUAUUGUGUUGUGGAGCGACAAUGUCAGUAAAUUAAACACUUGGGUGCCGUUUUCUAUGAAAAUGAUUGUGAAUGUCAUGCUUCGAAGUGUUAGGCGUGUGUUGUAUGUAGUGUAAAUAUUUAAAAUGGAUUUCCUUUAAAUAUUAUGAGGAAACCAAGACAUGGAUUCAAAAAUACAAAUGCAGAUGAUGUUAGCAAAAAUGAUGGAAGAAAAACACACAUUUACGUAUAAGAAGUUGGUUGUGCCGAUGUCAAUGAGGAGUAUUUACUGGAAGUAUUUCGGAUUCCCUGCUACCGAUGAGGGAGAUAUUUUGACAAAGGUAAAAAUUGUCUGCAUACUUUGCAAGACGCAAAUAACAUAUAAUCGAAACACCAGUAAUUUAAGAAUGCACUUGCAAAAUAAACAUGCCCACGAGUUGUUGGAGCUGGAGGCGUCAGCGCCGCCCCGUAGGCCAAGCAUGGAUCCCAAGGAAAAGCGCGCAAUGAAAAAGCUAAAGUUGCCUGGACUUUCACCACAUAUUUACACAACGGCUGCGGACGGAACCGUGCAGAUUGAGGGAGAUAUACAGUUUAUAACGGAUCCAAAUAUAACUCUUCAGAACAUAGACGAUGAUUCGUCUAGUAACCAGAAUGUUCGUGUUGUCCUGAAGGGUAAUACGCAAGGAAUGAGCAAUCAAAAUGUUGCCAUUAUUCUUCCAGAAGAAAACAAUUCUAGUAGCCACAUCCAUAGUAUGGUGGAUGGUAAGACAGUGUCUGACGCAAUAGCAGAAUUUAUCAUUUUAGAUUUACAGUUACCUGAUGUUGUUGAAGGUCGUGGAUUUCAGAGACUUAUAGCAACGCUACGUUCACCAUGUGAAAUACCAAGUAAGACCAAGCUUGAAGAAGAAAUAAUACCCAAGAUAUAUGAUUCUUUCAAGGAUUCUGCCAUGUCAGCACUGUCAGGUAUAAACAGCGAAAUGUCAAUGAGUAUAGAGGAAUGGAGCCUUGCAAGUGGAGAACUGUAUAUCACUGUGUCAGUUCAUUACCAGCCGUCUGUUGAGCCAGUAAUGGAAACAAAAGUGUUAUGUUCAAUACACUGUGCUGCUGAUAUGGACUCGAGUCAGUGGAGUAUUACUUUUGAUGCAUUAUUUCAAGAGUGGGACCUAAAGAUAGAUCAUAUUACUGCUGUUGUUAUUGCCACAACAAGGGAAGAAAUCCUUACAGCAUUGUCGCAUAAGGGCCUAUCAUUGGUGCCAUGCCUUGUUCAUAGUUUACAGCUCUGUACAACUUCGUGUUUCGAGCAACCAGAAGUUGCAGCAGUCCUCAACAAAUGUCGAGCUAUUAUUGCCUCGAUUAAUAGAAAUGCUAAUGCAGCCGCCACACUUAGGAUACAAGAACAAAUGAUGCAGCAUUCUGUGUUUCAGAUUGAAGAGGGGGUGUUAGCAGCGGAUUACCCAAAGGUAUGGACGUCAACGUAUCUAAUGUUGGAACAGAUGUUAGUCCGAAGAAAUAUCCUGCCAUCAGUCUUAGAGAAUGUUGAAAUUGCUGAUAAAGAAGCUUUUAUAUUGAAUGACCAUGAAUGGAAAAUGUUAGAAGAUCUAGUGAUGAUCUUGGAACCAUUCAAGGUUACAAUUAUGACGUUAAGUGAAGAGAAGAUACCUCUCAUAUCACUUCUGAAGCCCCUCUUAUGGCAGCUCAACAGUUCUCACCUUAAAGUUAAGGAUACUGAUACAGAAUUUGCACAGAGCUUCAAAGCAACACUAUCAGAAAGUCUUUCAGCCAGAUACAGUGAUCCUGCAGUUGAUGUAUUGCUUCAGACUGCCACCACCUUAGAUCCACGUUUUAAGUUACUUCCGUAUGCUACCGAAGAAGACAAGAGCAUUAUUUCAGGACCAAUGAAACAAAUGUUAAUAUCAUAUGUUGAAGAAGAACGUGGGUGUCCUAAUGGAGAAGAAUCUCCAAGCAAAAAAAGCAGGUUAUCAGGUAUGGAGUUCCUAUUGGGAGAUCUUUGCACAGGUCAGUCUGGCAUGCCAGCUGAGGAACGAGCAAAUCUGGAAUUAGUGCAAUAUCAGUCAGAAAGUGCAGCUGCCCUCGACCAGUGCCCACUAACGUGGUGGGCACGAGCUGCAGCAAAAUGCCCAAACUUGGCACGCCUCGCUCGCAAAUAUAACUGUGUUCCUGCUUCAUCAGUUCCACCUGGCCGAAUUCCUGUGGAAAACCAAGUACUGUUUCACAAACGGAGGGCUAAUCUGUCGCCAGAAUUAGUUGAUAAACUUCUUUUUCUCAAUGGAAACCAUGUGGUGUGAACAGUGGCUUCCAGUUUUCGAGUCUUUGCAGUGAUUGCAAAUCACUUUUAUUAAAAGCUGUUCAGUUUGUGUAUACUUCUGUAAAGCUGUUUAAAACAGUGCAUGAUGGAGUCACAUAUUGUGAAGACUUUUAUGGUGCUGUGAACGCCUUGAUGCCUGUGUGUGUGUGUGUGUGUGUGUGUGUGUGUGUGUGUGUGUGCGUGUGUCCUAUUUAGAACAGUAAGACAUUCUGUGAAAGUCAUUUACUGUUUGUUACCAUUACAAGUCAACAACUGAACAGAAUCCUUUUUGUGCUUAAGGUAAGAGACUGCGCAAAAACUAACUUAUGUAACGUCUAGUGUUCAUGUUUCAUAAAAUGCUGUGGGAAGGGUUAGAGUGGGUAAUAUUUGUACUUUGCAGUGUAAGAGUCUGUAUAGAGAUUUUACCUUUGCGUGGUGUUCUUUUUUUUCCAGUACUGCCUCUCUCUCUCUUCCCACUUUACAAAAAUGUACCUGUCAUGUUUUAAAACAAACUGUACUGUUAAAUAUGGUAUGUGAAAAUUUAUAUGUAAUGACGUGAAAUAUAGUGUGACACUGUAUUUUGUGGAGUUAUGCUUUUUGAAACCCUGUUAUCUGGGAAAAAUUGUAACAUAUUGCAGAUAUUAUGAAGAUAUUCUGCAUAUGCAGGGUAAUUUAUCUAUGUUUCUCUCUGUCUCUUCUUCUCAUUGAGUACAGUAGCUUGUCACACCAUAACCCCUACAAAACCCGUAGGUUCCAAAAGUACUAUGUUAUGUUAAUGAUAGAAAGACAAUAUCUAUUCUGUCUUAGAUACAAAGUUCUUGUAAACAUGAAGUGUGUCAUAAUGUCAGCCUUUUGCUAGAAUGAAGUAAUUGUAAAUGAUACACUAGUUUUGAAAUUUGCUGUUGCUAAAAAAACUACCUUGCAAUUCAGCACUUAUUUCCUAAUGGCUGUCAAUUUGUUUAUUGAUUAUUUCUGUUUAUUAUUAGAAGUUCUACGAAUUUCUCAAAUGCUAUAUAAAUUUUACAUAGAUAAGCAAUUGUAUUUUUAUGUACAACCAUUAAAAGAAUAAUGUUUGUUGGAUGCCACUCACUGAAGCUGUAUGAUAAAUAUAAUGUAUAUAUGAAAUUCUAAUUUUAUGUAACUUAAAACUUUUGUAUACAGAUGUACCAGGAAUUACCAGUAUUUUAUAGAUCUCUUCUACAAACAAGUCACUCUGAAUAAAUCAGUAGAAAUAUUCAAAGAUUAUUUUGAACUACAGUGUGUGUAAGUAUUAGCCCCAUACGUAAUAUACCAAAGUAAGUCCAUGCAGUGAAUGGUUUCAGUCUUGUACUGAAGGUGCUGCUCUUCAUCAGACCAGUUUGCCUACACGUGA